CCACAAAACAACCUCAUCCACAGCAAAUACAAAAAUACAAAAAAAAAAAGGAUAUCGAACAAAAAAGGCAAAGAAUUGCAGCAGCCAGCAAUUUCAACAUUGGAACAAAGGACUUUAUAUAGAUAUAUAUAUAUAUAUAUAUACUUAUUUUUUCCUUGGUUUUUGGUACUACUGAAGCAAUUAACUGAAAAUGUAGCGCUGACAAGGACAUGGCCAAAGUGGAACAGCAAAUGCCAUGCGAUGCAACGAGCAUAAAUACGCCCUUCCGUCCGCUCCUUCCCGCUUAUCACGACAACUUUUGACUAUCAACUUGCAGACAAAAGUUGCACUGUCUAAGUCUACUCAAUCCUGUCUUGCUUAUAAAACUUCAAAAAUUCCGUGAUUAGGACGUGGUGUACCCAAGCGCUCUAAAUGCAGACGAUAUGGGCACAACAUGGCCUCAGCACAGAUACGACAUUUCUAUAACACACCAACAACAACAACAACAAACAAUUCUACUUCUUCCACAACACGCCAACUCUUACAACAACAACAAAAACAACAGCAGCACACGGUCAACAGCAACAGCAGCAGCAAACGGAAGCAAUUUGAAAGCGAAACGUUUCUGUGCCACACAACAACAACAGCAACACCAAGUAAAUUGGAACCAACAACAUGGCAGCCACUUACGCCAGCAACACUCGAGGCAGCAACAUCAGCAACAGCAACAACAGCAGCAACGACAACAGCAUCAUCAUCAUCAGAUGAUGUACAAACGAACGGAAGUAAAAAAGGUGCGUCAAAUUGGUUAUGGACAAUACAUGAGCUCGCUGCCAGCAUCAGCAGCAGCAGCAGCAGCAGCAGAAAAACCAGGAUGCUACCCCAUGUUGUCAAGCAAACGCAGCAGCACCAACGGCAGCAACAAUUGCUGCUGCAUCAGCAAUAUCCUGUCGCAGGCUCAUAUGGUGCUAAUGUCAAUGAUGGCCACAACGCUAUUGGCUGGCAACGUAUUGCUGUUGCUACUGUGGCUGCCACUGUUGCUGCUCAACAUUCUCAACAGGCUGUCCACGACAACAACAACAACAGCAACAGCAACAACAGCAGCAGCAGCAGCAAAAACAAUAACACCACAACAGCAACUGCAACAAACAACAGCACAUGUCAAGCAGCAAUACAAUCACGCUUAUCUUCCAAAAUCAAACACGACCAAGGUCAAAACUUUGCAACAACUGCAACAACAGCAGCAACAACAAAACAACGAACAGCCUAUCAACACUGCACAAGCGAUAACGCCGACACUUCCUUUGGCCCACGGACUGUCAAAAUCUUUAUGGAUAUGCAAAAAUUUGCACGCACUGUUUUUCCGCUUGUUAUUGUCUUCAAUCUGCUACCUUUGUUCUAUGCAGUGGCUGCCACUGCGCAUUUGAAGUCGCCUGGCGAGGGUGAGGGCGAGCCUUGGAUGCAGCCGGUUGUGGCAUACUUGGAGGCGGCGGUGCGGCCCACAAAAUCGCCAAAAUGUGAUCAGACGUUUGUCUCGCGCAUUGGCGGGCCGCAGAACGGCAGCUUCACGGCACCGUUGCUGCAUAACCAUCGCAAUCAUUCGCGCCAAUGCCUCUACACAUUCCUAGCAGGACCUGGCCAGCGCGUCGAAGUAGUUUUUAAAUCCUUUAAUUUAAGAGGAAGUCCGCCAGACGGUUCGGCCGUCGGUGAAUUACCAAGUUGUGUUCAUGAGUACAUGGAUAUUUACUCGGAGGUGCAAUCGUCCGAACCAGCGGAGCUGAUCAAUUCGCCAUUUGGCGGUCGCUACUGUGGCACAAUUCCGCCUCGUCGCCGCAUUUCCAUGUACCGCGCCGUUGCCAUCUCAUUUUUUAGCAACAAGAAUGUAUCGACGGACCUGUUCGAGGGCACUUUUAGGUUUAUAAAUGCAUCGGAAUAUGAAAUUGGUAUACCAAUUGCUGGUUCGCCAUGUUCCUACACGAUAACGCCUAGCAUGAGUAUCAAUAAAACUGGCGCACUCAUAUCGCCAACCUAUCCAGGUGCCUAUCCGAAGGAUAUGUCAUGCACAUAUCAAUUUCUUGGUGAAUCGAAUCAGAGAGUUAGAUUAGAGUUUCGUGAUUUUGAUCUGUUUUUUGGUGGACCACACUGCCCAUUUGACUAUGUGAAAGUGUACGAUGGUCCAGAUAAUUCGUCAGCAUUAAUCGGUACAUAUUGCGGACAGCAAAGAAACUUAGUAUUGUAUUCGAGCGAGUCGAGCCUUUUUGUUCAUUUUUAUACCUUACCGCGCACCGCAAAUACGCAAAAUCGUGGCUUUAAAGGAAUUUAUGAAUUUAGCGAAAGUUUUGUUAAAUUAGAUUUUAUACGUGAAAAUGAUGGCAUUCACAUACGUGGCUCUGAAUGUGAUCAAAAGAUUUUAUCGAAGAAGGAAUCAACUGGAUUUGUGCUCUCACCCAACUAUCCCUAUCCAUAUAUACCAAAAACUGUGUGUAGAUAUUUCAUUUAUGGCAUGCAAGAUGCACAGCAUCUGGAGCGUGUGCGUCUCGAGUUUACCUCUUUCAAUAUACCCAAGGUGGAGCACAAGGACAAGAGCGAAUCCAACUGCACUGAUGGCUAUCUGAAGGUCUAUCUGAAGGGCCAGGAGACCGCCGAUGCGUAUGACAAGUUCGACUACGAGCUGUGCGGCAAUGAGACGCAGCGCGUCAUCAGCGAUGGGCCGCGACUGGCGAUGGUGUUCAGCUCGGGUGAGCUGCAGGGGCGUGGCUUUAAGGGCAAGUACACAUUCGAGACGGAGUAUAAGAUACCAGGCACGGCGGCACCUGACGGCACCUGCAGCUUUACGUAUGUGAGCAGCUCGAAGAAGCGUGGCGAACUCAACAGUCCGCGUUAUCCCUCCAACUAUCCGUCAGACACGAACUGUUCCUAUUUGUUCUUGGCCGAGCACAACGAGCAGGUGACCAUUGUAUUCGAUCACUUCAAGGUCAAGGCGGACAACAAUGCGAACGCGACGGCGGGUUCCUAUGGUUCGGGUGCCUGCUUUGAGGAUUGGCUGGAAAUGUAUGUGGUGUAUCGAGAUAAUAAUGAUCGUUUGCUUGGCCGCUAUUGUGGACUGACUGCACCCGGACCCGUCGAGAGUCCCCGUGGCGCUGUUGGUCUACGCAUCACCUUGCACACUGACCAGUCGAGCGUUGCCAGCGGUUUCAAGGCGCGCUACUUCUUCGAGUCAGCCAAAUCCGAUGCGGGCGACUGUGGCGGCAACUUCAGCAACGAGGACUCGGGCAUCAUCACCUCCCCGAACUAUCCAGCUGGCUACAAAGCGCCCGGUCGCGGCAUGGCCUCCAAUGCAUGCAACUGGGUGAUGACCGCACGUGCCGGCUACAAGUUGUCCAUCAACUUCGAGCAGUUCGGCCUCGAGGGCGAUCCAGCGAAUCGUGGCUGCCCCGCUGCUGUGCUGCGCAUGUGGGUAAAUGUCGAUUCGGAUCAGCCGCCCGUGGAGCUGUGUGGCGAAAAGCCGCCCAUAGAGCAUUGGCAUUAUAUAUCCACUGGCCAAACGGCGCGCAUCAGCUUCACCACCAGCGACAAGACCGUUGGUGCAUCUGGCUUUCGCAUUGUAUGGACUGAGAUACAGGAUUCGGGACCGGGACCACCAUCAAUUGGGCUGCUCUGCGAGUCCACGUAUCACUUCCAGUGCGCGGCAGGAUACUGCAUAUCGGACAAGCUGCGCUGCGAUGGUGUCAAGAACUGCGGUCCCGGCGAUGAUAGUGACGAAUUGCAUUGUAUCACGGAAGCGGCCGAGGAGGAUCACGACGUCCUAAUUAUAAUAACACUAGUCGUCGUCUCGUCCCUAAUCUGUCUCCUAUGCACACUCUGUCACUCCAGAAGAAAACGUAGAAACCAUGUGCGUCAAUUGGGCUUACACCGGAAUGCACAUUAUGACUCGCAGACGAGUGCAACGGCUGGUCUCAGUUCGAGUCGGCGGCAUUUACAGAGUGGCGGACCAAGUAUUGCUGGCAGUCUGCACGGUAUUAAUAGUGGCACCUUGAUCAUUCCACCCGCUCCACUGCCACCCACAAGCGUGCCACCGCCACCACAUAUAUGUAUUGCCGGAAUUGAUAUGUCACACGGUCUGAUGUCCAACGACGAGGACGAUGACGACGAUGAUGACGAUCUCGAUCUUGACGAGGACCAGCUGGCGUCGGACAUAUUCAUAAACGAUGUGCAUUUCGACGAGGAUAAUAUCGACCAUGUAAACCAAAUGGCAAACGUUUAACUAUGUUUUUUAAGCAUUUUUAUCGCUAGUUUCACUUCCGCUGUAGAGCGCUUUAGGUUAAGCCUUCGCAAAAGGGCACAUAAGUAAGUGAGUAAGUGAGUAAUGAAUAAGAUGAGUACGAAGAAGAGCUGUGCGAACUUCUGGUGGAGGAUCGCAGUGGUUGAAUGUUUGUAUACAGACUGCGACACUCAGCAAAUUGAACUUGAACAUCAAGAACAACAAAUUCAAAAGUUAACAAUACCUAAAAGACGAAAAAUUAUGCAAAAGUGCGAAUUGAUUAAGACAUAAAUUUAAUAAGCUAUUAUCGAGGCGCAAGUAAACGUAUAAAGUACAGUAGGGCGUAAACAUUGUAGUAGCGAUUAACGAUUAACGAUAAACGAUGAACAAAAAAGACAGACAACAAAUAAUAAUUACAUUUAAUUAUACAUACAUACUAUAUUAUACACAUAGCGACUACGUAUGACAGGAAAAUGUGAAAAACCACUUUGUUGGUUUGAAUCGAUUGAAAAACCAAGCGGCAAACAUGUAAAGCAUUGCAUUUUCUUAGCCACAAGAGACCGCAAAAAGUUGUUGAUUUUUAUAUUUGAUACGAGUAAUAUUUAGGUGAGGCAUAAAUUGAAUUAAUUAUACAACAAAACCAAAACAAAAAAAA